ACUUAUCUACUUACGUGGACUGCGAUAAGCACACAAAGAACGGCAAGCUAACGCCAGUCCAAAACGAUAGCGAGGAGCAGACCUAAUGGCCGGUCUCAAAAUCUGCAGCCCGUUCCCAUCCACUCUCAACGCGCCGCCGGCUGCCGUCGUCACCAGAAGAAAGCCCCUCAUCUCGGUCGCCCCACUUGCCGCUGCCGACGAAGACGCCCCCGCCGAGCUCGACGCCUCCGCGGAGUCACCCAUCGUCGACGACGACCCAUCCUUUGAGACGCGGCUGAACCAGAUCCGAGUCAAGUACCGCAGCGGCUCAGGGAAGAAGGCCGAGCAACGUGAAUCUCGGAAAGCCCCCGGCGGCGGGGGCACAAAGAAGGGCAGCGUGCUGCUGCCCCCGGUGCCUCUGCGGGAGCCGGUGGCAGCCGGAGGAGUGACGGUGGAGGCUGGAUUUACUCCCUACAGCGAGCGCCUGCACGGGAAGCUAGCCGGGCUGGGGCUGGCGGCACUGCUGCUGGUGGAGCUGGGGUCAGGGCAGGGAUUGUUCCGUUACCACUCACCGGCGAUUAUCUUCAUACAGAUCUACACCGUCGCCGCGGCGGGCACUCUCUUCAUCAAGUUUGAGAAGGAGAAGAUCAGCGUCUGGCCGGAAAAAUAGCCCCACUCCCUCGUCGUCAUCGCCGG